AUGUCUAGUGCUGAAACUUUUGUUAGUUCUGCAAGUCCAUUAGAUCAACCAUCCAGUCAACCAGAUGAAAUUGGCAAAUCAGAACUACAAUUUGAGUUGUUUCUCAUAAAUUUGAUGAAAAAAUCAGAACCUCUUUACUGUAGCGAUCAUCCCGAUUAUAAUAAUUCCGGAAAAAAUAGACUCGCUUGGUUGAUGAUAGCUGAGAAAUGCAAAAAAACUGUUCCUCAGUGCCAAAGGAAAUGGCAUUCUCUGUUGCGAAUUUACUAUUCUUUACCACGUGAAAAUACUUGGAUACACCGUUCUAGUUUUUCAGAAUUUGAACCUUAUCUUACACAUAAUAAACUUCAAAAUCCCACUAAAGUUCAAAGAGAAGUUCUACUCAAAGAGCUAUUGGCCUGCAAUUCCGAAUUAAUGUCUUACGAGUCGACAACAAAUGAAAAUUGUUGGUUGAAGGUUAUCUCCAAAUGCAACGCAAUCCUUCCAGGGGUCAUUAUGUCAGUUAUAAACUGGCAAAAGUGCUGGUUGUACAUGAAACAAAAUUUUGGUUGUGCAUUAUAUACGAUGCGAUCUAGAUUCGAAGCUUCAAUAAAAAUCAGCGAUAAAUUCACACCCGAAGAACUGAGUAUGAUAAGAAUUUGUCGUGCCACACCAUCGGAUAGUAUGUCAAAUAUUGUAGCAGCUUUGGGGAAUAAUCUAGAGCUUGGCCCUAAUAGGGAAUGUGUAAUUUUCAAAUGCAAAAAAUGUCAACAGCAAAAAGAUGAAAUUUUAUUAAAUGGUUAUUGUUCAAAUUGCUGCCCAAAACCCAAAUUUUGUAACAUAUGUGAAAUUGGUGGUGGAAUGGUGAGAUAUAAGCUGUCCACUUGGUCUAAAAAAGCAUUAGAUAUACUUCCGACUAAUUUGAGAUCUUCAAUUGAAAUUACUGUUUGUCAUCCUUGCAACAGUACAUUAAAAAAAGAAGCAACACAUAUAUGGAAAAUAUGUCGUGUUUGUCAAUCUCAAAAGCCACCCUUGGAAUCUUUAUAUGUUAAUACCAGCACAACAAACUUAAAAAAAGCUUUCAAAGAUGCCAUUAAAUUUGAGUUCAAAGAAGAUGAUGGUCUACCAGGAUUUAUUUGUACAUCUUGUAUAUCACAAAUGACAAAAUUAACUAGUUUUGUUAAUAGAUUUAAACGAGUACAACAUCGAUUAUAUCAAGUACAUUCAACUAAUUUUAUUGGUAGUUUUUAUGAAAAUGAAAAGCUCUCUCAACCAUUAGAAGAACAAGAACAAAUAUCAGAAGACUUUGAAGCAAUAUUACCAGAUACAGAUAUAGAAAGUAAUAUUUCAGAUCUGCUGCGUCGUGGGAAAAAACCAGCAGCAAAAAGAAUAACAAAAGCAAAUAAAACAAGACCAAAGAAUAGUGAAAUAAUUCCUGUUCAAAUUAUUCCUGCACAAAUAUCUACAAAUGCAGGCGAUACAAUGCCUAUCACUUCAACAGAACCGGAAAUUGCCAUCAAAGAUGUUUAUUCAUUGACUCAAAGUAUUGAAAGAGUUCAAAUUGGUCAAGCACCGAAAUUAAAUGCAGUGCCUAUUGCAGCCGGACAAUUUGCCUCCGAAGAAGGAAUGCAAACAAGCUCCAAAACAUCUUUUCCACAAAGAUUAUUAACAAAACAAAAUGAGUUUUUAAAUUUCCCUUCAAAACCUCAACAAGAUAAUAAUUCAAUGAAUUUGAAACCCAGCACAGCAUCUAAACCAGCUAUAUUCACUAUAAGUGAAUUUGGUAAAUUAAAAGAAAUACUUUCAGGAUCAGCAAAACCACCUAUAACCCCAAUAGAAACUGAUUUUGAAAGUCUUGAAGAUGAGCCACCAGCCUUUUGUAUACCAAAACACAGAGAAAAUUCUGAUAAUUCAAUUGACCUAACUUCAAAUCCUUUAACAAUUAUUAAAGAUGAAAAAACUGAUGAUGAUGUUGAUGAUGAUGGGAAUGUUGUUUGUACUCCAGAUAUUAAUAUAGAAAUGGAAUCCACUCCGCCUCCUCCUACAUUUCCUGAAGUAACAAAAGUAGUUAGUAUCAAAGGUGUUUUGGUAACAGUGAAACCUCAUCCUUAUAUUAUAGGAGCUUGGACACCUAUUGGACCUAAUGGUAAGAUGCCACAAUCAGGGUCACUUCCAGUCUCCACUCCAGUCUCACUUCCAGUCUCCACUAAAGUCUCCACUCCAGUUUCACUUCCAGUCUCCACUCCAGUUAUUAGUAAAAAGAAACCUCCUCUUUCUCCUCCCCAACCUAAAACAAUAGUACAAUUCCAAAGACCAAAUAUUAUUCAGCAGAAAUUUGAAGAAAAAAUGACUUUAGAAAUUCCUGCAUCGGGAAAGCGGGUAAUAAAAAAACCUCGAAGAUAUUGGGGAAAUGUUGAUGAAUUUAUAGUUUCACCAUUAUCAAAAGGCAAAAAGACACAGCUCAAAUUAAAAGCUGCUAAUGUUCAAAUCAAACAUGAAAUUCUAAAAAAUGACAAAGGCGACAAUUAUCCAGGGAGCAAAAAUCAAGUAAUGUUGAAUUCAAUAAUCAAAAAACCUAUUAAUCCUUUAAAGAGGAAAAGACUUCGCAUUAAUGUAAAGCGAGAUCGAAGAAUAAGAGAGAUGCUUUUGAAAUGUGGAAAUUUAGGUAUGUCUCAAUGAGAAAGAAACACAGCAUGUUUAGGACAUUUGAUUAAAAAUUGGAGUUAAAUAUCGCAAUUGAAAAUGUUUUUUUUUUUUUUUUUUAUAUAUUUAACGAAAAAUAAGCAAAGUUUUUUACAUUGGUAAAUUUGAUUUUGAGUGUAAGAAUUCACAUUUGUGGCAAAUAAAGUUCAAAUUAAAAAUUUAAUUAAAAUCUCAAAAAUGUUGGCUGUUGUUUUUGAAAAAUCGAAGACCAAUCUUCAAAAAACUAUUUAAAUUUACAAAAUUUUUUUUUAAAUAAAAAAAAAACUUGAACUUUUUAAUUGCAUUGU